AUGGCGAAGAACAGGCAGGUGAUGGGCUGCAUGUUCACUCUCAAGAUUUCCAACAAGCUAACCAUGAAACCCAUCACUUGUCUGUUCUUCGCCAUUUUCCUGUUUGGAAUAGCAAUACAAGGAACAACUGCAAGAUGCAAUUCAUGGCCUAGGGUAUGUGCACCAUGGAAGCGAUGCAUUCCAACUCAAUGGUACCCAUAUUACUACUGUGCUCAAAGAUGGGGUGGUCCAAGGAGAGGUGGAAUCUGGGGAAGGCAAACCAGUGGAGUAUGGGGUAACCAAGGUGGUAAUUAUGGAAAGAAGGGAGGUUAUUAA